AUGAGCGGCGUUGAGUCCGACGCGGGUGUCUUCACGUUCCUGCUCAACAACCUUGGUGUCCAGAAUGUGCAGUUCGAGGAGCUUCUCACUCUAGAGCCCGAUGCUCUCGCGACGUUGUACCCUGUCUACGGCGUUAUCUUCCUCUUCAAAUACCCCACCGACACGCCCUAUACCUCGACCGACAAGCCCCUCGAUGGCACCUUCGACCGCGACGCAGCCGAGCGACACUUCUUCGCCGCGCAGACAAUACAAAACGCAUGCGGCACGCAGGCACUGCUCUCGGUGCUCAUGAACAAGGAUGGCGAGGUCGACAUCGGCCAACAGCUGCGGGAAUUCAAGGAGUUCACGAUGGUGCUGCCGCCCGAGUUCCGCGGCGAGGCGCUCAGCAACAGCGAGUUGAUCCGUGACGUCCACAACAGUUUCGCGAAAAGCAGCCCCUUCGUCGACGAGACGCAGCGCACCAGCGGCGAGACCGAGGACGCCUUCCACUUCGUCGCCUACACCGAGGUCGACGGGACGCUGUACGAGCUGGACGGCCUACAGCCGGCGCCCAUCAGCCACGGCGCCUGCACGAGCGGGGACUUCCCGUCCAAGGUCAUGGAGGUGCUGCAGCGCCGCAUCGCGCGCUACGACAUGUCCGAGAUCCGGUUCAACCUCAUGGCCAUGGUGCGGGACCUGCGCAUCCAGGCGCGCGAGAUCGGCGACGCCGAGAUGCUGGAGCGCGAGGAACAGAAGCGCCGCGACUGGCAGUUUGAGAACGCGCUGCGCCGGCACAACUUUGUGGGCUUCGCUGGCUCCGUCCUGAAGGGCGUGGUGGAGACGAAGCUGAACGAGGGCGAGGGCGCGUACGACAAGUGGAUCGAGGCGGCCAAGACGAAGACGAGACAGCGGAUGGAGAGCAGGAAGAAAGGAGGCGGAGACGACGUUGAGAUGGAAGGGUGA